AUGCUAGCGGAAGCCCUCUGCGAGCAUGUUCCCGCGGCUUGUCUCUCAGCAGAUGGCCUGAUCGUCGAAUGCAGCGCUGCCAUGCGCGAGUCGCUGUCGCCAGGCCAUGCUGGCGAGCAGGAGCUUCAACACCGUCCGUUCCUGGAGCUGAUUCACGAUGACGACCAGAGCGCGUUUCAG